CUGCGCGAGCACGCGGGGCGCCCAGCUGUCAAUCUCGCGCAGGCUGAGCUUGGUGCGGAGGGAGCGGCGGCGGCGGAGGCGGCGAUGGGACCCCGGCGAGAGAUCUGCGGCUAGCUGGCUGCACUUGCUCCACGGGUCAGGGGAUCGGAGGGGGCAGGACUGAAGAAUGCACCGUUAAAAAGAGAGGCUGAAGAGUAAACAACAAAAAAAGGAAGAGGAAGACUUCAAAGCUGGGAAGGAUGAGUUCUUGCAGCAAUCUCUGUGGGUCCAAGCAGACACGGGCUGCUGCUGAGGGCGGGUACCAGCGCUAUGGAGUCCGGUCUUACCUGCACCAGUUUUAUGAGGACUGCACCACCUCAAUCUGGGAGUAUGAGGAUGAUUUCCAGAUCCAGAGAUCACCUAACAGGUGGAGCUCAGUAUUCUGGAAGGUCGGCCUCAUCUCCGGUACAGUCUUCGUGAUUCUCGGACUGGCUGUUCUGGCAGUGGGCUUUCUCGUGCCCACCAAAAUCGAAGCCUUUGGCGAAGCCGAUUUCGUGGUGGUAGACACACAUGCUGUGCAGUUUAACGGAGCCCUCGACAUGUGCAAGCUAGCGGGAGCCAUACUCUUCUGCAUUGGGGGCACGUCCAUGGCCGGGUGCCUGCUAAUGUCAGUGUUUGCUAAGAGCUACUCCAAGGAAGAAAAAUUCCUGCAACAAAAGUUUAAAGAGCAAAUUGCAGACAUCAAGGCCCACACCCAGCCCAUCACAAAAGCUCCGGGUCCCGGCGAAACAAAGAUACCAGUCACUCUGUCCAGGGUUCAAAAUGUCCAGCCUGUUCUGGCCACCUGAACCACCCUCACCCCACCCCCACCUCCUCAUCCCAUCCUCUCUAAUUUACACACAUGGUUACAAGGAAGCCGGCCAGCUUUUAAGGUGACAAGGAUCUGGUGUUGGUUUGCCCCAUGGCUAUGCUCGGCUAAGGGCAGCAUAGGAAAUGGGCUCACGCUCACUGGGCUCAGUGGCCCUGGUGAGGGCAGACGCCCUGUGUCAGCCUGAGCACAGGCACCCAGCUGCUUAGAGGGUGCCUCUGUGCGCCUGCCUGGAGCCCUCUGAAACUCCCCUCUCAUAGAUUGUGGCUUAGUGUCAUUUUCCAUGUUAUUGGAAAGCCCUGGACAGUUUAGACCAGGCUACCAAUCACCAGUGUGGCCCGUUUUUUGUUUUUUUUUUCUAAUAUUGGUUUUUCUAAUCUUCCCUGUGUGGUGCUACCUUCCAUUCCUGUCUCACUGUGUGUAAGAUAUUGUCGAAUGUGUUCUUAGAAAAAUCAAGUUCCCUGAUUUUGACCCAAACAUUUUAGUCUUUUAAUGAUAUCUUGACAUGAGGUUCUUGCAUUGGAUGUAUUUAUCAGAGUUCUUCACAAAUCCUUUUUGUUUUCUAUAGAUAUUUUUCAUGGAAGCUAAAAUAGAAUCUUGGGGAAGAAGUUCAUGUUGGGAGUAUCUAUUGACCUACACAAUGUCCAAAAGCACUUAAUUAGAAGUCAAGAUAUUUGAGUUCCUACUGCUAAAGAGCUGUUUGACCUUGGGGAAAUCACUUAACUUCCCAGGCCUCAGUUUCCACAUCUAUAUAGUGGGGGUCCUGGGCUGUAAUGUCCGAGGUCCUUUUUUCUGCCACGUGUCCCUGGCUUUCCCCCCACCCCGAGUAUGUUUACAAUGUCCUGUGGCCCUCACCACAGUGAGCAGAGGUUCUUUGAGGCUUAGACUCCAGGAAUGUGUCCAAGUCCGCGGCCUCCAUCCACCCACUCUUAAAUAUGCAACCCCAACAGUUUAUACAAGGCUGUGGUAUUUUUAUAAAGACAAAGUAAGCCAUCCUCAAAUAAGAAACCACUGAGUAGAUAUUAACAUUAAAAGGAAUGUCUUUCUCCAAUAAGACAUUUAUUCUCCAACAAGAUAUUCAUCACAUCCCUUUGCACUUUUAUUUAGUCUGUGAAUUUAAAUGGACUGAGGAAAAUGGAAGAUGUGACCCUGGUAUUCAUUCUCUCAGAAUCAGUGCCCCUUCGUGGUGUUUUCCCCCUUUUCCCUUUCCUUCACUGGAUAAAUAAAAUAUGUGAACCAGCAGAA